CAAAACAGGGCGGGGAAUGAGAUAUUUCCGAGGCGUUCCUGAAGGCAACAGGGACUAUCACCACCACCACCUUCAGCCUGUGUCUGUCAUCCUCCUAGCAAGGUGUCACUUUAGGCAGCUAGCCAUCUGUUUUGCUUUCAGUUCAAUUGUACUUUUCAAUUCACACUUGUUUUUGACAUCUCGGAUAUUGAGUUGCCAUGAAAGGGACCAGGUUUUUCGCGAUUUUUUUGGUGCUUUCCGCGUCUUUGCUGUGCACAGCCGAAGCGGCCAGGAGCAGAGCCAGCAACCAGAACAGCUUCCGACGGGCAGCUAGCGGCAUCUAUCAGACCCUCAGCAGCGUUUUCGGGGAAGACAACAUCAGAGGGCUAUACAAGUUUUUCUCCAAAACAACAGAACGGUUUGUCCAUGGAGUGGACUCCUUCCUGGACACGAUCUGGAAGAUCUGGUCUGACCUGUUGGAUGUUAUGGGCAUCGAUUCCUCAAACCUCACCCACUACUUUAGUCCCACAUCUCUGACCAACUCUCCGGCACGGGCCCUGCUCCUGGUUGCAGCUGUACUCUUGGCCUACUGGUUCCUGUCUAUGUUCCUGGGGGGGUUCUUUUACCUGCUGCACGCUGUCUUUGGACGCUUCUUCUGGCUGGCGCGUGUCAUGCUCUUGGCCCUGUCCUGCCUCUACAUCCUGCAAAAGUUUGAGGGUGACCCCGAGCGCGCGGUUCUGCCGCUGUGCUUCAUCAUGGCUGUGUACUUCAUGACGGGCCCGGUGGGAGCGUACUGGCGCCGAGGAGGCGGGGCAGGCUCACUGGAAGAGAAAAUCGACCACCUGGACACUCAGAUCAGGCUGCUCAACAUCAGGCUGAGCCGUGUUAUAGACAGCCUGGAACACACCGGGGACCAGUAGACUUCGCUGUAAGCUGCAAAGAGGAUGCGUUUGGGGGAAGCGGGUUGGGAACACAUCAGGUGUGUUUAUCAACACAAUACGGUUUCCUACACACAUCUGCAGAAACACAACUACUGGAUAUGUACAACCCGUCCUUGCAUAGGGCAACAACUAGAUUUGAAAACCGGUCUUUUAAAUUCUCUAGUCAAUUUUUGGUAACACGAUAAGUAGAAUCCUCAUAGGCAAGGACAGUUGAUUUAGAGUUCACAUGAAUGAACCGAAAAUGUAUUCUUUCAAUUAUUCCUCGAGGAUUUAGAAUUAUUUUUUAUUUAUAUCUAUAUGUGAGAGGAGUUAAUUAGUUUUUAUAGGCGUCUGGCCUGAUUCUUUGAGAAGCCUUCUUAUCAGUCACUUUUUUCUCUUUUUUUAGUUUGGUUUUGUUUGCUGAGGUACCGAGAACACCUGUGCUAAUUAUCCUUUUCAUUUUUCGUCCAUGUAAAUAACCUUGAGGCAAAGUUUUGUUUAAAAAAAAAAAAAGCUUUUUUUUUUUUCUUUUUAUUUGAAGGGUACAGGAAAAAGAAAGGACUGGGCUCUGUUACAUAACUGGGGCUGAUUAGUUAUGUGUGAUGUGUAAAAUCUUUCAAGUGUGCAGAUAGCUAUCCAUAGUAAGAUUUAUUUAUUCCAUUUCCAUCCAGAAUGGGGAAACGCAUCUGUCUAGUUGGCUUCAUUGUGUCAACAUUCCAUUGUAAUCGGAGUUUUACAUCAGGACCUCAUUUUCUCGUGUGGAUGCGUGAGUGCAUGAGCAAAUGCCUCUCAGAGACUUACUCGAAUGUGUGUGGGGGGGCGGAGCUUUUGAAGUGGGAAAGUGCUGUACUAAGUUAACAUUGGAGUUGGAGAAAACUCAGAAAGCCAGCAAUAUCUCAGGGACUCACCCAACACAUACAGUGAACUGAAAGGAGAUAGCACUUCUGUUAAAAUCAUGUCUCUCUGCAUUUUGAGCCUCUUUUUCAGUUCAGAUGUGGGUUCAGUUUUUUGCCCUCUGCCUCAUAUAGCACUAAUUUUGCCGUGUUUUAUAUGCAAAGUUUGCUUCAUGCCUGACGUCUAAACCAAAUCCAGCUGUUCAUUCACCACCCUGGUGAAUUCUUGUAGAGAUCUGAGCUUUAAACUGGGAAAUGGCAUCUGGACAUCAACAUGUGUGAAGCAAGCCUGUGUGCGGAGGGCACAUUUGAGCAGAGCUCGUGUACAGCACCCUGCUAUUUACCCUGAUUAUGGAAACACAUUAUUAACCUAUGCUCGCAUGUGAUAAUGCAACUUACCUGUAUUUCAGCAGUAGUUUAGAAGUGAUAGUUAUGUCAUACAGUGUAACAGUUUUAAAGGAGAAAUUGUGGGCAUCCUCGCUGCUUUGUUCAUUCGAAAGGAUUUUCUGUAUGUUCAGUAUUUCUGCUGUUUUACUCUAUCAUGUACUGUUUUGAUGAAACUGGCCUUUCUUUAUCAAUAUUGUUGC